GUCUCAGUAUUCCAGCUAGCGCGACACGAGCACCCCAAAUCGCCUUAAUCGCUGUUAAGACUUCAACGGUUUUUCUGCGGGAAUUUGUUUCGUCAAAUCCACUCAAGAGAUACGGUACAACAAGCCGGACGGAUUUCUCGUCGUGGAUAUUCUGCUACGUGAGAAGAUACCCCGGCUUUUCCCUUAUCGAUUCAAAGGCAUACUUCGUCCCGACGGUCCUGUGAUACGGGUGUUGCUGCCGUCUUGUGACGGAAUUAUUGUCUCAGCUGUUGGGGUGAAAGGAGGAGGAGAAGAAGCAAAGAUGCCGAAACCGAUCAAUGUCCGUGUGACCACCAUGGACGCCGAGCUGGAGUUUGCCAUCCAACCCAAUACCACAGGAAAGCAGCUCUUUGAUCAGGUGGUGAAGACGGUGGGCCUGCGGGAGGUCUGGUUCUUUGGCCUCCAGUAUGUGGACAGUAAAGGUUACAGUACUUGGCUCAAACUCAAUAAGAAGGUGACUCAGCAGGAUGUAAAGAAAGAGAACCCUCUGCAGUUUAAGUUCAGGGCAAAGUUCUUCCCGGAGGACGUCUCUGAGGAACUAAUCCAGGAGAUCACCCAGAGACUCUUCUUCCUGCAGGUGAAAGAGGCCAUCUUGAACGAUGAGAACUACUGCCCCCCGGAGACAGCAGUGCUGCUGGCGUCCUAUUCUGUCCAGGCCAAGUAUGGAGACUACAUCAAAGAUGUCCACAAAGUUGGCUACCUUACCCAUGACAGGCUGCUGCCUCAGAGAGUCCUGGAGCAGCACAAGCUAACCAAGGAGCAGUGGGAGGACAGGAUACAGACGUGGCACGAAGAACACAGAGGAAUGCUCAGGGAGGACUCUAUGAUGGAAUAUCUUAAAAUCGCUCAGGACUUGGAGAUGUACGGCGUCAACUACUUUGAGAUCAAGAACAAGAAGGGCACCCAGCUGUGGCUCGGUGUGGAUGCCCUUGGCCUCAACAUCUACGAACACGAAGACAAGUUGACACCAAAGAUCGGCUUUCCCUGGAGUGAGAUUCGAAACAUCUCUUUCAAUGACAAAAAGUUUGUCAUCAAACCCAUUGACAAGAAAGCGCCUGACUUUGUGUUCUAUGCUCCGCGACUGCGCAUCAACAAGCGUAUCCUGGCGUUGUGUAUGGGAAACCACGAGUUGUACAUGAGAAGGAGGAAGCCCGACACCAUCGAGGUGCAGCAGAUGAAGGCUCAGGCCCGGGAGGAGAAGCACCACAAACAGAUGGAGAGGGCUCAGCUGGAGAAUGAGAAGAAGAAGCGAGAGUAUGCAGAGAAAGAGAAGGAGAGGAUAGAGCGUGAGAAGGACGAGCUCAUGGAGAGGCUGAGACAGAUUGAAGAGCAGACGAUGACGGCCCAGAAAGAGCUGGAGGAACAGACUCGUCGAGCCAUGGAGCUGGAGCAAGAGAGAAGGAGAGCGAGGGAGGAGGCCGAGAGGCUGGAGAAGGAGAGGGAGGCCGCCGAAGAGGCCAAGGCAGAACUGGCCAGACAGGCUGCAGACCAGCAGAAGACCCAGGAACAACUGGCUGCUGAACUGGCUGAAUUCACAGCCAAGAUCGCUCUCCUGGAAGAGGCCAAGAGGAAGAAAGACGACGAGGCCACAGAGUGGCAGUAUAAGGCCCUGUCGGCCCAGGAGGACCUGGAGAAGACCAAGGAGGAGCUGAAGACUGCCAUGACAGUGGUGCCGGCGUCUCCGGGCGGCAACGCCGAGAGCGAACACGACGAGCAGGACGAGAACCACGCUGAGGCCAGCGCGGAGCUCUCCAACGAGGGCGUCAGCCAGCUGGAUCUCCGCAGCGAGGAGGCGCGCGUCACCGAAGCCCAGAAAAACGAGCGGGUGAAGAAGCAGCUCCAGACGUUGAGCUCGGAGUUGGCCGAGGCCAGAGACGAAACCAAGAAGACUCAGAACGACGUGCUCCACGCGGAGAACGUGAAAGCCGGCCGAGACAAGUACAAGACGCUGCGGCAGAUCCGAUCGGGCAACACGAAGCAGCGCAUCGACGAGUUUGAGUCCAUGUGAGAGCAUGACCUCGAACCCCUCGACCCCCGCCCUGCUCCCCUCCCCUCCCCCCCCCCGCUCCCCAAAACUGUUCCCUCAGCAGCUGCUCAAUUUUCAUGGACAACAGUUGCAGCCGUCCUCGUAGUGCCCCCCCACCCUCGCAACACCCUGAGGCAAUCUUGAGAAAUCCUCUUGUCAAACUUUGCCAAAGUCCCACCCCCAAAUCUCCAACCUGAACGGUCCGGAUACGUCCCUCAAUGGGGAGCUCUGAACAAAUAAUGUUGUGCAGAGAUCCUCUGCGCUGUGUGCACAGUAGAAGAGAAACUGUUCAACCAAAAUGGAAGCAAUUUGAUUUAUUUUUUAUUAUUAUUUCGAGCAAACAGGGCUAUAGAGCGCAACUGCUUCUUGACAACUUGUAUGCAAAGGUUUGGAUUGUUUCAGUUAAAGAUGCUUUUAAGCUACUUCCCUCUGCUUUAGUUUGACUCGUUUUUACAGAUUACGCCCUUUUUCUCUGGUGUCCGUCGAACACAUUAAGCCACAGGCAACGUCUGAUCCCUGGAGUUUUGGGAUAAAUGUCCCUACUGCUUUCAUUCAGCAUUCAACCGCUGCUUGUAUCAUUUCAAAACAUAUCACAAGCUGGUUGGGCUUAUUCUCUUAGCAUUGGUGAGUCUAAAUGUUACAUUCUCGGCCUCAUGGUAAAAAUGACACUGCAGUAUUUUUAAGUUUUAAUUUCAGACUGUAUAUGAAGGAGAGCAGUAAGUGAACCGGCCCUCGUUGGGAAAACGGCAACUCGACCUGUCACGUGGAAGGUCUCGAACGAAUGUAGCAACGGUAACAAAGGGAACGUUUUUUACAUUCACAGGUGACAGGACAGCGCGUGCCACCGAGCUUAAAAGUGUUAUAAAGAUAAGCUAAAUGGUAGUUGUGUAGCCUUGUUUGUGUGUGUGUGUGUCUGACUUCGUAGUGUUUCACUCCCAGUCCCCACGGAUGAUUUUCUCUGCCCACAAUUUCAAAAAGGGAGCCUGCGUAAGAUGUGGACAGCGGGAAGUGUCCCAUCUGUCUGUCUCUGUUCAAGAGUGUGUGUGUGUGUGUGUGUGUACGCUGAGACCUGACACCUCCCUGGCUGGGGAGCUUAUGAAACCAUCGGCCCUCGACCCGGGACGUAUCUCUACCUCAGUAAUGUUAGAAGUAAGACUGACAGUCCCCCCCCCUUCCAGCCCCCCUAUAAUCCUCCUUUCCAAAAAGAACACGACAAGAAGAAAGGUCACAAUUUUACGUGGUUGCUGUUACAUCCUCGAGUGUUGCUCCUGGGAAGUCUGCAUUAAGGGAAAAGGUUAGCUCCACACGGGUCAUUUUGUGCUUGUUCUGACUGGUUCCUGUGAUGCAUUCUGGGUUGUUGGUGGCAAGCCGCAUGCACCCAGGGCCCGUUUAAGAUGAGGCUCUCCUGUGUAUUAAUUAAUUACAGUCAGACAGUUUGCACAUCUGCAGUGGAUUCACGGGAGUGAGAGACUUGUGAUGCAUUAUGGGUCGCUCUAACGUAAAGGGACCUAGCUAUUGGGAUUUUACUAAAUCUCUGCAGUCAAAUGGAGGGUUGGCCAAUUUCUUUCCCUAAAUUGUAUUAGGAAUUCUCCGUUUUUUCUCACUGAACAAACUGACUCCAUCUUUUGUGGGGUAGAGCAUUUAUUUCAGGUUGAAUGUUUUUGAAAUGAGUAAAAAUAAAGUUCCUUUUUUUUUUUUUAUUAUUCACAAAGUAAUGAAAUGUUCUGGUAUUAUUUGUAAGCUAUACUUGACAGCUGGUGUAGGUUGUUUUUUUUAAUAGUCCGUUUUAAAGUUAAAGCACUGACACUGAAGCUUGCCUCUGGCGUUAACUUCCCAGUGUCCUCUGUUAGUGUUUGCCAUAGCGAGGGAAGCAAAGGAUCCUGUGCUUCCAGCUUCUAUUUUUGUAUUGUGUUCAAAAAGCCCAAACCAGCAGCGCCCAUUGCUGUACCGGACGGCUUCCCAUCCAGUCCGAAAGGCUUGAGUUAGGAGUUAGACCGCUGUCAGCCUGCCCGUCCCCUUCAAUGAAGCCUGUCUGUGGUGGUGAUGCCUGCUCUGGCACCAGCCGUCACGUUUUGCUUGUUUGCCCUGCCCCCCCCCCCCCCCCUUAUGUUCAUGUUUGUAUGAUAUUCUUUAAGAUAGAAGGCACAGAUGGAAUGCAGUCCAUUUCAUUGGUUCUGAAAUAAAAGUUUUAAAUUUGUC